AUGGCAUCGUGGAAUUCAACUCCGAUGGAAGUGACAUACGAAGUUCUGGGAUGGAUAGCUUUCGUGUCUUGGUCCAUCAGCUUCUACCCUCAAGUCAUUUUGAAUUUCCGGAGGAAAAGUGUUGUGGGGUUGAACUUCGAUUUCAUGGUACUGAAUUUGACAAAGCAUUCUUCAUAUCUGAUUUACAAUGCGACUCUCUACUUUAGCUCCGCAGUUCAGAAGCAGUACUUCCACAAGUAUGGCUCCAAACAGAUGAUACCUGUGGCAGCGAAUGAUGUUGCAUUCUCUACUCAUGCUGUUUUAUUGACUGCACUGACCCUGAUUCAAAUUGCAGUCUAUGAACGUGGAAAUCAGAAGCUGUCGAAAAUUUCCAUUGGAAUCGUUGUUGCUGUGUGGCUAGGUGGUGCGGUUUGCUUUUUCAUAGCUUUGUCAAACCACUCUUGGCUUUGGUUCAUUUCCGUUUUCAACCUAAUUCAAGUAUGUAUGACAGUCAUCAAAUACAUUCCCCAGGCAAUCAUGAACUUCAUGCGGAAGAGCACAGAUGGGUUCAGCAUUGGCAAUAUUUUACUUGAUUUUACCGGAGGCCUCACAAGUUAUGCACAAAUGGCUGUGCAGUCUAUAGAUCAACAUUCUUGGGUGAACUUCUAUGGAAAUAUAGGGAAGACACUUCUCGCUUUGGUCUCGAUAUUCUUCGACCUUCUAUUCAUGUGUCAACAUUUCCUGCUGUAUCCUGCCAAGAAAGCACAGCAGAUACCCCCCAACAGCAGUACCAGUGAGGAAAGAACAGGGCCUAUUGGCAAAUCUCCUGAUCAUCAUUACCCAGCACCUCCGGGGAAUGUAUGAACCUUUGCUUGCUUGGUUCACCGACAAAGUGGUCGAUUACUAAUUAGUUUGUACGACUACUUUUAUGAACUUCCAAUUGGUUUUACAGAACUUUGCUCAUCUGAUCAAACUGCUCAUAACUUGAUAUUGUGCUGGAGUUGUGAGUUUGUGACUGUGUUGAUGUAGUAGUCUUUUUUCUUUCCUGGUUCUCCUGGGCUUAU